AUGUCUUUAGAGCCUCCUUCUCAACAACCACCAACCAAAUCUAACAAUAAUACUUUUGUACACAAGCUAUUCAAUACAGUUCUUGAUGACCAAUAUCAACAUUUGAUCGCUUGGAAUUAUACUGGUGCUUCAUUUAUAGUCUGCAACAUUGUUGAGUUUUCUCGUGACGUAUUACCAAAACACUUCAAACAUAACAAUUUUAGUAGUUUUGUCCGCCAAUUGAAUAUGUAUGGUUUCCACAAGGUCAAUAAAUCACCUCGUGGCCAUCGAACAUUAGCCGAAAAUCAAAUAUGGGAGUUCUCACAUCCAAAAUUUAUGCGGGAUCGACAUGACUUGCUGGACGAGAUCAAACGAAAGGCUUUGGAAUCAGACAAUAUGCGACGAGAUACCAAUGACAUGGGUUCUCAUCUCUCUAUGAUGCAAAUGGCUCAAUCUGAUAUGAUGCAACAAUUGGGAAGAUUACAAGAAGGCUUUGAUCAAAUUAUCCGAGAGUUGGCUGAAACGAAACAACGGCAAAAUACUCAACAAGAGAUGAUGAAGACAAUGAUGCAAUUUUUAUCAGAACGACAAGGUGUUCAUUGUAAGUUAUUAAAAUAA